UGUCCUGUGCUGCUGCCGUCUCUCUCUGUGCUUCAGUCUUUCUUUGUUCUCCUUGGAGUAAACAUGACAGAGCCUCGGAGUCCCAGCGUGGAGCUCAAGAGUCUGCAGCUGGGUGACCGCCAAGGCGCAGAGUCUGCAGACAGCGGCAUCGGGGAUGUGGACGACCUCCCGGUUCCUCAGCAGAUCCGGAUCACCAACAUCACAUGUGAUUCAUUCAAGAUCAGCUGGGACAUGGACAGCAGAGGCCGAGAAAGGAUCACGCACUACUUCAUCGACCUCAACAAAAAAGAGAACAUGAGCUCCAACAAGUUCAAACAUAAGGAUGUGCCGACCAAACUGGUGGCGAAGGCGGUUCCCCUGCCGAUGACAGUGAGGGGUCACUGGUUCCUGAGUCCUCGCACAGAGUACACCGUCGCUGUUCAGACAGCCACCAAACAGCCAGAUGGCGAAUACGCCGUUUCUCGAUGGAGUGAGAUCAUUGAAUUCUGCACCGCAGAUUACUCCUCCAUCCACCUGAACCAGCUGCUGCAGAAAGCAGAGGCAAUAGCUGGCAGGAUGCUGCCAUUCACCGUCUUCUACAGAAACCAGCAGAGGGAAUACUUCCAACAAGACAGCCCCUCUUAUCGUUCCAGAGAUGCUCAGUCCUGCCUCAUGCUGCCCUCAGUGAAAGACAACAGCGGCAGCCACGGGUCCCCCAUCAGCGGCAAACUGGAGGGGAUCUUCUUCAGUUGCAACACAGAGUUCAACACAGGAAAACCUCCCCAGGACUCCCCGUACGGACCAUAUCGCUUCCAGAUCCAAGCAGAUGUCCUCUUCAACAAGACCACCAACAUUUACUUUGGGGAUUUCUACUGCAUGUACACGUCGUACCACUACGUAAUCCUGGUCGUAGCUCCUGAUGGCUCCAAAGGAGAUGCCUUCUGUAAAGGGAGGCUGCCAGCCCUGGAUAGGUCCAGCAACUGCUUCUUGACCUGCACUGAGAAGGAGGACGGCUCGCUGUCUUUCCAUCAUGCUCAGGAUGUCAUCCUGGAGGUGAUCUACACGGAGCCAGUGGAUCUGAGGCUGGGCAUGGUGUCACAGAUCAGCGGGCACCAGCUCAUGAGCCUGUCCACCGCCAAUGCCAAGAAAGACCCCAGCUGCAAGAUCUGCAACAUCAGUGUAGGACGUUAGCCGGUCUUUCAGACUGAAAAUAACCAGCUCAAAAGUAGCUAGCAGCUAAGCUACUAACUGAAUUCACCAUCCCAACUGUGGCUAGUUAAGAGCCACCAGUGCCUGGUGGUCCUUGCAGAAAAACAAGCUCAUGCAUUGCUUGUGUAGCAGCACACUACAAGCAACAUUUGCAGUUUAUUGUGACAGCGCCCUCCAGUGGCCAUAUCAUUGUGAUGGAACACAGAGAAACAGGUGAUGUAGCUGCAGAACCAGAAGUUCAGAAGAGAGCAGAGGUCAGGGUGGAUGGAUGGUGGCAAACAGGAAACAGCAGUUUGUUUCUUGUUUUAAAUCUUCAGUGUUUUCUUGGGUUUUUUUUUUUAACUGUUGGUUUAUUAUUGUAACCAUGAUGGCAAAGAUAUUCUAACAUUAUUGAAAUACCUAAUUUAACUCAAACCUCAACUAAACCAACCAAACCUUUACCACUUUUCAGUUUUAGCAGUUCAUAUUUCCUGCCACGCUCCUGUGUAUGGAAGGUCUACAGAAUGGGUAUACUGGCUAACAGUGCAGAUGCCUGAGAGAUCACUGGACCCUGCUGGUUAAAAAGUUUUUUUAAGACUUUAAAAGCCCUGAAAAUGUUUGCAGUGAGUCUGUGUCUGUGUUGUUCUUCUGUAGGAGGACGAGGGACUGUUUGCAUGUCUGUAUACAGGAAAUUUCUCAGUCCAUGGAUGACUGGAUUUUACAGAGCCAGUGCAGCAUUUCCACAGAAACGUGACUUAAAUGAGCUGCAGUUUCCUAUCUUGUUUUUUUUGUGGGUUUUUUUGUGUUUUUUUAAUCUCCUCAUCAGUUUCUCUUGUUUCUGUUCACCAUCUCUGACAGGAAACUGAGCAGCUUUUUUAUGUGAUUGGAAGCUAAAGUGGACUGUAUCACGCAGACACUUUUAUAUUUUUCUAAUAAGAUUAAGCUUUUUUCCUGUAAUUCAUUUUUAACUGUUUAAACCCUUGGUUCCACAGUUUAUAGAUCCCCAUCAUCACCACCC